AAAAUAAAAAAAGAAAGAAUGAGUAAACCCCUUUAGACAUUGUUCCCACUUUCCAGUAGCAUUUAUCUGCGUAACUUUAACUCUACGCUGAUCUGUGUCACACUGAUAACAUCUCUACGAUGGAGGUAAGCAAUACUGGUCUGGGAGUGCCAUCAAUGAAAACAAAGGGAUGGUGGAGAAUUUGCAGCGUUAUGGAAUAAUCAAAUCUAGUAAGGUAGCUGAAACAAUGGAAAAAAUUGACAGAGGUUUAUUUGUACCUAAUGGGGUUCAACCUUACAUAGACAGCCCUAUGUCUAUAGGCUAUAAUGCCACUAUAUCUGCACCUCACAUGCAUGCCACCUGUCUUCAAUUGCUGGAGAAUUAUCUACAACCUGGAAUGCAUGCUCUUGAUGUUGGCUCUGGGACUGGGUACCUGACUGCGUGCUUUGCCAUGAUGGUUGGACCCAAUGGCCGUGCUGUUGGGGUGGAACACAUUCCUGAGUUGGUUUCCUUUUCAAUCAAUAAUAUUGAAAAAAGUGCUGCCGCUCCACAAUUGAAAGAUGGUUCCCUUUCUGUGCAUGAGGGUGAUGGAAGACAGGGUUGGCCUGAGUUUGCUACUUAUGAUGCCAUUCACGUUGGAGCAGCGGCACCAGAAAUUCCGCAACCACUAAUCGACCAGUUGAAGACAGGUGGUCGAAUGAUUAUUCCUGUUGGAAAUGUAUUUCAAGAUUUAAAGGUUGUGGAUAAGAACUCCGAUGGUUCUAUCAGUAUCCGGACCGAGACUUCUGUUCGAUAUGUGCCUCUCACUAGCAAGGAAGCUCAGCUUAAAGAGUAAUGAUAGGGAAGUGGAAGCAAAAUCCUGAAUUAGGGUGGUUGAUGCUUUUGGAUAUUUGUGGUUGUAUGUACGACAUGCCACCAUCUGUAAGAAUUUGUAUAUGUAUUAUGUCUUUGGUUAUCUCCAUGUGUUA